UUGGCAGUACAGACUAAAAAUAGAAACAAAACAAAAAUGGCUACGACCAUGCCUUGCAUUGGUGAGGUUGAGCUAAUAUCGAAAUCUUUCACAAUGAAUCAACAUUUAUUUAAUAUUUUUACUGGUACUAGUACCGGAUUAUUGAAAGGUUCUAGCAUGUGCGAUAAAAAUUUUGCUAAUCUUAAUUCAAUGGAUUCUUGCUCGUCGAAAGGAAAGGAAAUAACGUGCAUGUGUUGGUGGGACUCAAAAGAAAGAAAUUUGUUGACAGGUCUAAGGAACGGUCAAGUGCUGAAUUAUUGGUUAGAAGUAGGUGUUAUAACUAACAUACCGAAAUCUGUUCCUGCUGAAAAAUCCAUUUUAAGGUCCAUUAAAGCUGUUGAUAAAAAAAUUCUUAUUUCCGCCUUUAAUACUGGAAAAUUAAAUUGUGAACAUUUUAAUUUUGAUUCAACUUCAAGCACUUCAUGUGUAAAACAAUUAAAUGCUGAAAUAGAAAUAAAUUCUGGGCAAGAUUUAUUCUGUAUGGAUCAUAACCUUUCAUUUCAAAAUCAAGUUGCUACUGGUGGAAAGGAAAAUCCACUGAAAGUAUGGGAUAUAAACUCACCUACCAAUCCCAUCUUCACAGCCAAAAAUGUUCCCAAUGACUGGCUAAAUUUACGCGUUCCAGUGUGGGUGAUGAAAACCCAGUUUUUACAUAAUAGUGAUAAAUUAGUAACAGGCACUGGUUUCUCACAAAUUCGUCUUUAUGACCCUGCAGCUCAAAGGCGGCCUGUCAUUGAUAUUCAAAUAAAAGAUAGCAAAUAUCCCAUUACUGCUCUGGCAUUGAGGCCUUCUUCAGACUUUCAGCUCAUUGUGGGAACAACAAUAGGGAAUCUUUCCUUAUAUGACUUACGAAAAAAAGACUUAGUUCAAAACUACAAAGGCUUUGCAGGUGGAAUAACAGAUGUGAAGUUUCAUGCUAUACAUCCAUAUUUUGCUGCUUGUGGUGUUGAUCGAUAUGUAAGAUGCUAUGAAGUGGAUGCACACAAAAAAGAAAUGCAUUCUUUAUUUCUGAAAUCGGAAUUAAAUUGUUUGCUGCUUUCUUCCAGCUGGUCAUUGGAUGAUCAAGGACAUUCUAUUGAAAAAUAUACCCAAAGUGAUCUUUUGUCUGACACAAAUCUAGUUGAAGAUAAAAAAGAAACACUUAAUGAAGACAACAAUGAUGAAAGUGUUUGGGAUCAGAUGGAGGUGAUUAAAACAAAGAAAAGACGAAAACAACUUACCUUGCCUUCAAAGUCAAAGGUUAAAAAAAAUUCGAAAUGAACUUGUAAAGUAGUAACAAUAUUCAUUUUAAUGGAAUAUAAUUACUCAUUUCCAUUUGUAACUCAUUAUUCUCACAUUAAGCCUAAAAAAAUUAUUAGGAAUUAUUCCUUUUAGGAUAAUGUCUUUUCAAUAAUGUGACAACACUUUUGCAUUAAUGUGCACAUAAUGUACGGUUAAUUUUUUUUUAAUAACAAAGAUCUAAUAGAUUUUUAUUUUCUACCCUGCACAUAAAAAAAAAAAAAAAAAAAAGAAAGAAA